AGCACCACUAAUGCGAGGGUUUUGCACAAAAUCGACUCUUUAAGCAAAGACAUCUUCUCUUCUGUUAUCCCAUAAACCCUAACCGCUAAAAAUCCGAACAAAAAAAGGCGGUCGAACUCUACAGGCUAGGGCAGAAAGAAACCAUGGCGAAAUCUAUGAGAUCGAAGAAACUGAAACGGCUUAGGGCUAUUCGGAGAGAGAUGGUGGAGCCUCUAUACGAGAAGAAAGAAGUUGCUAAGUACGCCGCCAUGGAAGCCGCCUUGGCUGCCCCUAAGCUCCCUGUUAAGCCUAUCCCGAAUGCUGUCUCUUCAAUGGAGCUCGUCUCCACCACCAGUACUGCUACAAUUACAACAAACACUAUGGAUGUGGAUAUGGAUGAUGAUAACAGUCAAACCAAGGGUUCACUUAAUGCAAUUGGAGGCGUAGGGAAGAUGUCCAAAAGGCAGUUCAAGGUGGGUAAAAGAAAGCGUCAUGGCAAGGGAAAAGGCAAGGGCAAGGUCAAGAGGCGUCACAUUUAACUUUUUUAAGUUUGUUUUUGGAGUAGCUUUACAUGAUUUUCUUUGGAUGGUAUCCUGAUUUUGUUUUAAAACUUUUAAGAUCCAAUUCGGAUUGUAGAUGUGGCAUAUGAUGUUAUAUACAAUGUUAUGAUUUACACUUGGCAUAUUAUGUCAAAAGAUUGAUUAGGCAUCAAUACUCAAUUUUAAAUUAUUUUACUUA